AAAACGAAGAAGAACCGUCGCCGUGACGUCACUUCCGGGUAUUUCCAGUCUGCACAACACUUGGGCGGCUCGCUUCUCUGAGCUCUUCUGAAUCUUCUCAGCUUUUCCCCAGGAGCGUCACACGUUUUGUCGGCGCGGUGAAAACUGUGGGACCGCUUAGCAAGGACUAGGGUUUUGGCGUCCAGAUGGGGAACAGCGCGCUCAAGUCCCACCUGGAGAUGUCCCAGAAGACGGGAGUGUUCCAACUGACUGGACGAAGCCUUCAGGAGUUUCCUGAGGAGCUUCAACGGCUCACCUCCAACCUGAGAACUCUUGACCUGUCAGACAACAAACUGGAAUCACUUCCCCCUUUCAUAGGAAACUUUGCACAGCUCAGAAGUUUGACACUCAACUCCAACCGACUGGGUGGACUUCCCACCGAGAUUGGGAAUCUGAAGAAACUGGAGACUCUGAGUCUCAGCACCAACCGGAUCCAGCAGCUGCCUCCAACCCUGGACCACCUCAAAGCCCUGCGGACCCUCAUUCUGGCAGGGAACCGUAUUUCGGAGUUCCCCAAGGGACUGGGGGGCCUGAGACAGCUGGACCUGCUAGAUUUGUCCCGCAACCAAAUUCAGAGUGUCCCAUCAUACGUGUCGGAGCUGCAGGCCAUUGAAAUCAACCUCAACCAGAAUCAGAUCUCAGUGGUGGCAGAAGAAGUGUCGCGAUGUCCUCGUCUUAAAGUCCUGCGAGUGGAAGAAAACUGUCUGGACUUGUCCUCCAUUCCUUUGUCCAUCCUCAGCCAGUCCCACGUGUCUCUCUUCUCUGUGGAGGGAAACCUCUUUGAGGUCAAGAGUCUGCGGGACCUGGACGGAUACGACAAGUACAUGGAGCGUUUCACCGCCAACAGGAAGAAGUUUGCCUGAAAGCCACUUCCUGAGGACACAAGUGGGCGGGGCCAAUGUUUUCCCAGCAGAAAGGAAACACUUAGACGUGUCAUCAGCUGACCUGUCAUGGCGGCCCACGUUGCCAUAGCGAUGCGCUUGUUGCAGCCGGCAAAAACAGGAAGUGAAGCGAGCAGCGAUUAGACACUUCAUGUGGAAGAUGAUGUCAUCAUGUGACGCCAAUGACGUGAGAAUGGAAGUAAGCCCCUCCCCUCCCCUCCCACGUGCUGGCUUUGUCUCCACUGUCAAGCUAGCCACAUUAAUAAAUGAACUUUCGAAAUAAAAGCAUACAUUUGAAGGAAUAAAGUAGUUUAUCUCCGACAUAAA